CUGACCUUGGCAAGAGGUAAACAGAGGCAGCGAGGAUGUGAUAUCACAAGCGUAGUCUUCUCUGUCAUCUCCAGAACAACUAUGGCAGGCUUCCAAAGUCUUUUCAAAAUCCAAAGUGGCUACAAAGCAACAAAUGGAAGGCUGACUCUGAAACCGUCCCUCCCAACUCCAUCACUCCCAACAUCGGCUCCCCCAACUCUUGUCAGCCAUCAUGAUCCCGCUCAAAUCAGCUCUGACGGCUCACUGGUACAGAGUCUAGCUGCAAGAUAUGUGCUUUCUUCAUCUCUGCCUCAUAAUCAUGAUGAUGUUCUUGAUGGAAAGAAAAUGCCUCAGUCAAAGGGAGGUAACCCACUUAGACAAGAACUCUUUCCCACUACAUCACUGAAGCUUGUCAGCAACCCAGGAAAUGUUGAAACAGUAAGAGAUAAGCCUAGUGUGCAGAAGAAGCGGCCAGAGAAGGAUGUUCAUACCGCCAUGAGUGCCAUAGUCUUGGGGUGGCUGAUCACCCAGAGAGACAUGCUGAAGGAUUUAGCAGAUAUGAGAAGUACAACUGUGAAAAACCACAACCUCCUGCUGAAGAAUCAAGAGAGCACCCAGGCCCAGAUGUUGGUACUUGUGAAGCAGCUGCAAGUCCUGCAGAAGGAAAUCGCUGCUUACCACCUUUAUACACAAGAACAGAGGUUGACCCUCAAGAGGCUGGUGCUGGUAACAGGUUUGGUCAACCUUCUGCUGAUGGUCCUGGCCAUGUCCUGGUCGAGCCGGUCAGUCAGGAGCACAUGCUUCAUGUGGUAUGGUCACUUGAAGCAGUCAGUCAUCCAUCCAGCACUGACUGUGCUCAGAGACUACAAGAACUUCUCCCAGUCAGUGGUCAGUCAGGCACUGUCAUCCCUCCACCUCUUUAAGGCUGUGUGGAGGUAGUGGCGGGGCGGACAUCUUGUGUGUCCUUCACACAGCUGUAACAGUGUAACAGGGGAGUACAGCUAUUGUGUUACAUCUAUUGUGUUACAUCUAUUGUAUAUAAUUUUAUAAUAUAUGAGAAUUGUGUAUGUUUGAAUUACUGAGACUGUUGUAUGAGAGAGACUGUACAAAUGUGAUAUAUUGUAUAAUAGUUGCCUGUAUAGUAUGUUAUAUUGUAUAAUAGUUGCCUGUAUGGUAUGUUAUAUUGUAUAAUAGUUGCCUGUAUGGUAUGUUAUAUUGUAUAAUAGUUGCCUGUAUAGUAUGUUAUAUUGUAUAAUAGUUGCCUGUAUGGUAUGUUAUAUUGUAUAAUAGUUGCCUGUAUAGUAUGUUAUAUUGUAUAAUAGUUGCCUGUAUGGUAUGUUAUAUUGUAUAAUAGUUGCCUGUAUGGUAUGUUAUAUUGUAUAAUAGUUGCCUGUAUGGUAUGUUAUAUUGUAUAAUAGUUGCCUGUAUGGUAUGUUAUAUUGUAUAAUAGUUGCCUGUAUGGUAUGUUAUAUUGUAUAAUAGUUGCCUGUAUGGUAUGUUAUAUUGUAUAAUAGUUGCCUGUAUGGUAUGUUAUAUUGUAUAAUAGUUGCCUGUAUGGUAUGUUAUAUUGUAUAAUAGUUGCCUGUAUGGUAUGUUAUAUUGUAUACAGGCUGCCUGUAUGGUAUGUUAUAUUGUAUACAGGCUGCCAAUAAGGGUUGAACUGGUAUGAUAUGUUGUUUAAAUGAAAUUGGUGUGAUAUAUUUUACAAACAUUGCAGACUGGUAUAAACUGUAAAUAGUACACCAAGAUAUGAUACAUUGUAUACCUAUUGCUAGAUGGUAUGUGAGAUUGUACACACAUUGCUAUCUGGUAUGUGAG